GGUCGGAGGCCUUACAUCAUGACAGAGAAAGGGGGACUUUAUGCAUGCAAGGAUUCAUCCUCUUGGGAAGCUGUUUUGAACAUUUACCAGGAUGUGAUUGAGGCUUUGGGAAGCAAGAAGAAGAAACUAAUUGCCUUGGAUCAGUGGUAUCAAGAAGAGUUGCCCAAAAUUCUUACUGGGCGUGAGGAAAAAUACUUGACGAAAGAGGAAUUGUUGAAACUCAUGGAAUGGAAGCUUACCAGAGGAAAAUUUCGGCCUCGUUUGCAGCAGCUGUUGGCUGCUAAUCCGAGCAAGAUGGUGGAGGAACAUACCAGAAAAGCUUUCCAUCGACUCCCAGAUGUAGAAGCGGCCGUGAAGGAGUUGAAUGAACUGAAGGGCAUCGGGCCAGCCACAGCUUCAGCCAUUCUCGCUGCUGGAGCCCCGGAAUUUGCUGCAUUCAUGGCCGAUGAAGUGAUGGAGAUCCUCCCAGGCCUGGGACCUCUCCAAUACACCCCGAAACAUUAUCUGCUUUAUAUGGAUAAGAUUCAGAGCUGUGUGAAGAAACUGAACAAAGGUAGCACCACGGAAACCUGGACGGCUCACCUGGUGGAAAAAUGCCUCUGGACCUGGGCUUUGGCUCAAAAGCUGCGUUUGUCCUCUUUACCGAUUGUGAGCCGAGAGGAAGCCCAGGGAGAUGUUGUUGAGCAAAGAGACCAAGCCAGGAAGAAACAGAGAACCAAAUGAACGCUUCCCAGCUCCUGGGAUUGUGGGGUGAACACCUGCUCCUCGGCACGUAAACGGCAGAGCUGAGCAAACACACCCAAGGGAUGUUUGCUUACUUUGGGACCAACCACACCAGUCCACAGCAACCCGAGCACCACAGUUUUCUCACAAACAGAAUGGCAGCUUGUGCGACACAAAUAGGGCUAGAAACCCUGUUUGGUCUUCUUUGAAAGGAUCGACAGGGAUCUGUCCAAAUGUUCCUGUUUUAAUGAUAUUGAAGUGGAUUGUUCUGUUACAAGAAAUCUUCCCUUAUCUGCCCCCCACCUUGUGGUCGUUGUUAGUUGCAAAGUCAUGCCUGAGCCAUCACAGCCCCAACGUUCCUCCAGGCCUUCCUGUCCUCUAGAGUCUAUUUAAGCUCAGGCCGGCUGCUUCUGUGACUCCAUCCAGCCCCCUCCUUCUCUGCCGUCCCCUUCUUC